AUGGCCACCAUGACCGAUACCGAAGAGUUCGUCACCUUCCAUGCAGGAGGUAAACCUGGAAUGCGCAGGAUCCUCCGUGGCGCCGAAGCCAAGCCCACGUUCUCGGCAAUCCCAGUAAUCGACUUCACGAACAUCGACUCUCCAUCGCUCGAGCUGCGUCAAGCACUCGCCAAGGAGUUGUACGACGCCUGCAGCCAGGUCGGGUUCUUCUACGCCAAGGGGCAUGGGAUAUCGGAGGAGUUGUUUGGGGAGACGUUUCAGUGUCUGCGGAGAUUCUUUCUAGAGUUAGAUGAGGAGGUGAAGAUGACUGCCCAUUUGCAUAAGAACCCUGCUAUCAGAGGGUACGAACCUAUGGGUGAGACAAAGCUGGACCCUAAAUCCAGAGGAGAUGUGAAGGAGGCAUUCUGCAUGGGCGAUGAUGCUCUCGAGCCAGAGCAACACUAUCCCUCAGAUCUCCCCUUACCCGCGGGGAUCAAACCACAGAACAUAUGGCCGGAGAACGUACCCUGGUUCCGCCAAUCUCUGUACGAAUACUACUCCGCCGUCAUGCCCUUCUCCAUGAAACUCGUCCGGCUGUUCGCACUGGCUCUGCACCAGGAAUCUGAGGCCGCGUUCGACGGUAUCUUCAAGUUCCCGAUCACAGGUAUGCGGGCAUUGCACUACCCACCGCAGGGCAAAGUCGACGACGACGGCUACAUCGGGCUCGGCGCCCACUCCGACUUUUCCUGGUUGACUCUGGUCCUCCAAGACGACGUCCCAGCGCUCGAAGUCCUAAACGCAAACGGGCUCUGGAUCUCCGCCCCGCCCAUCCCCGGCGCCUUCGUCUGCAACGUCGGCCAAUACCUCGAACGCCAUUCGAACAGGCUUUUCCCCGCCACCGUCCACCGCGUGCGCAACAUGACGGGCGAGAGGAGGUACUCGCUUCCUUUCUUCUUGACUCCCGACUCGGAUGCGACGAUCGAGCCGUUGGCGAGUUGUGUCGGGGAUGAAGGCAAGAAGUUCGAGGCGAUCAAUGUCGGGGAGCUGUAUGUGAGGAGGGUGUUGCCGGCGAGGCAUAAACAUCCUACGGCGAUCAAAUAUAAAGAUACGCCGGAGGAGGAGUUGGUCUAUAGUAUCAUGUUUCAGUAG